AUGAGGAUAUUUAGUUUUUUGGGUAAGAAAGUCGGUGAUUUAACGAUUAAGUACUCUAAUUUACCAGAGUCCUACAUUAAAAGAAGUUAUGAGCAGGUGUAUUGGAAAAAUCCGACGGGAUAUCCACAAUAUCCAGCUGCGCAAAUAGCUCGCAAAAAGUAUCGUUUCACUACUCAUAGACCUUGGACAGGACAGUUUAGACGGCAGAACGAACCUAAUACACACAGAAAAAAAGUUUUCUUGGAGCCAGUUGGUGAAUGGAGUUUUUUCAAGGGUGACCGUGUCGAGGUAAUGGUUGGUAAAGACAAAGGAAAACAAGGUAUUGUCAACCAAGUCAUACAGGAACGUAACUGGGUCUUUGUGGAGGGACUCAAUACACAUUACAGAGUUGUUGGUAAAGAUAAGAAGUUUCCUGGUGUUACAAUAUUGUCCGAAGCACCACUUUUAGUCACCACUGGUGUUAAGUUAGUAGAUCCUGAAACCCUGAAACCAACUGAAAUCGAGUGGAGAUAUACAGAAGAAGGUGAUAAGGUGCGUGUAUCACUUGCUAGUAGCCGCAUAAUCCCCAUACCAAAAGCUGCCGAAGAAACUAUUGAUUACAAAAGCAAGGAAUUGUAUAUAGAGAAUAAAGAAAAAGACACAGCUGCGUCCGAGGUCACUAAGAUCACGUUUCAACCAAAACUUGCCACUUUUGAAAUGGAUAUAAUGGAAUCUAUGGGCAUCAAAGAAGACAGAGUGCCAGUAAAAUCUUAUUGGUAUUAA